UCACCCUGCCCGACAUUGGGGAGGAGGUGGUGGCGGAGAGCGAUGCCGAAGAGGUGGCGUACAGCUCGCGAAGCCCCAGGAAAUCCAGACUGCUGAAGGAAGGAUUGGGUGCUGUCAUGUUGACCACAUGAAAGGGUCUUCAGCUCUUCAUGCUGCUGCUACAGCAGUCUUCAGGAAGGGACUAUCCAGAGGUCCUACAACUCGAUAUCAUUCAGGAAAAAGUGGAGAAUCUCUUCCAGCAGUUUUUGAGAGAAAUGUGCAAGAAGCCAUCAAUAACUACAGUUGUGAAAUGCUUUCAUCAGUUUCAUCUACUGAACAUGCAACACUCACAGACCUGAAUAAUUCUUGGUCUGGAAUAAAAAGCUGUACUACUGGUUUGUCUACUGAAAGAAGUUCUGCUUACUCUUGGAGGGAUGAUGAAUUUGACGAAGCCAACACACAGAGAGUGCAUCAGCUAUUCUGGGAUAUUGAUGAAAUGCUGUUUGAAGGAAAAGUGACCUCUCAAACUCAGAACCUGCAGGCAGAAUGCGCUGACUGGGUUGAGCGAUCUCUUCAUCUAAGGAUUCUGGGAAAGCAGCUCGUGUCACCAAAGAAUGAAGGUUUUCAGCACUUUGAAAGCAAUAGUGAUAACUCUGUGGAUACUAAGUGUUUACCUGGUCUUCGUGAACGUACUGGUAACAUAAAAGAACUCUGCAUUUCCGGCUCUAAGUUGAUUCCUAAAGUAUCUCCAGUACAGAAAUCACCAAGUUCAGGUUCCACUAUGAUUCGUGGCUGUGAGUCAUCCACAUAUUCAUUCCUGGAAGAAGAAAUCUAUGAUGCUGAUGGAAAAAUGGAGGAAUAUCUUGCCUUUGACAUCAAGGAGCUUGAUGAUGAGCAUUUGGAGCAAAAGAAAAUACAUCUUGCUGAGAAGAGGAGAAAGCAUGGCAUUCCUCCUGUUUCUCCAAUGGCUUGUAUCGAGGAUGCUGUGGCUUCUGAAAUAUUUGAUCAUUUAUGGAGUAAUGUAAUUGGAAUAUUGGAGGAACUGAUCAAAAAACAUUUGGAAACGAAUGUCACAGAGAGUACCAAGCAGGCAGAGAAGCUCAAAGCUGUUACAGGUAAACUGCCAGCUGUUCGUGUUACAGCAGAUGCUGGCAGUGUCCUCCUUUCCAGAGGCUCUGAAGCACGAAGUGUGUCUUUCGGAUCUCAUUUAGCUUCAUCACAGCAAGAUAGGAAGCACAGAAGAGAUAUCACAACAGUCUCAGUUCUCCCCAUUGGCAUCCUUGGCUCUGAAGUAGUCCCAGCAGCAAAAAGAAGUGUUCAGAUAAGUGAUGUUCAGCCAUCUUGUUCUCCUUUCUUUUUCACCAGGAAUGAACAAGAAGACAAACCACAUAGCAUUAGCUCCAGUGCUCCAAAUUCAGUGCACACUAGUCUGGGGAGAAUUGCUGAUAACCAUGUUCUCUCAUCAUCUCGGGUACUGCUGGCAUCUGCUAGGAAGCUACCAAGCCAUUGUAGGUUACCUUCUCUCACUUCUGAUCAACUCUCCUCAAAAGCUCCUAAUAUGUACAAUGAUGAAAUCCUUAGGGGGACUAAAUUGUGUGCCAGCUUGGAUCGUUUAUCUUCUGGUUCUGCACAUACAGCUCGAAACAAGUUACCACCAAUAAACUUGGAAGCUGUUAAACAGUAUACUUCGGUUAUACCUCGGUUGCAACAGAGCUCUCAUCGAGGACAAUAUGCUCGUAGCAGAGUCUCAAGUGCAGUACCUGGAAGUACAGAGCAACAGCCAGUCAGAGAACGAACUCUUACUGAUCAGUUUUCAAGGCCCAGUACAACUCAUACGUUCAGGGCAGACAGAUCUCAGAAAAGAUCACUAACUCCCAUGGAUUUUUCUAACCACAGAGGAACAAGUCAAGGAUUUUUAAUAGGCUCACAGCAUUACUACAAAUCCUUUCAUAGAAAUCCUCUAUCUUCACGGAGGAGAUUUCAGAUUACUUCUUAAUGAAGUCUAGGAAGAAAGAGAAGCCCUCUGCACUGAACGGAAGACUAAAGUGCUCUAUUUGUCAGCUAGUAUCUUGUUUGACAAUGAACACAUGCAGUAUGCUGGUUACUGCUGAACCCUGUGAUCCUCUAGAAUACUUUUAUUACCUUGUUUUUAAGUUGUCUACAUCAGAUGUUAGAUUAAAAAUUAGAGCAAUAUAGAAUGAGUUCACUCUUUGCAGAGUCGAGAUGCUGCUAUACUUUCUUCUCAGGCACUCUUCCUCUUUCUAUCUUUCCUUAUGGAGUUGUUAUUCUAUCUGUAGAAGUAAAUAAGUUAUGUUUAUGCUGUAAAGUCCUGUUCCAACUUUUUCAUUUUUUUUUCUCAGUGUGAAAAAUGUUCUGAUCUAUCCAGACAUCAGUUCUAUAUAUAACUUACAAACAGGAGUUAGCUGCAUCUCCUAUUCAACUCCUGCUCCUACAUUUCUGCAUUUUUAUUCUGUCUGCUUAUUGCAGUUGCUCUCUUGUAAAAAUUUUCUGCCUUAAUUUUUCUUCUUCCUUUAAUUCUUUUGAUAUGAAAUUGUUUCACUACUUCUUAAGCUGUUCUAUGCUGUAGAACUGCUGGGACAAACUGUGGUUAUAGGAAGCAGUGUUCUGUCAGGCCAAACAUAUUUGUAGAUCCUGAAUAAUUGAACCUGCUUGCUGAUGUGUGAGUAAGACAGUUUACCCAUUUUUGAGAUUUCUUAUAAAAUAUUGGCUGUUACUGUACAAAUUAGACCUGUUUUUGUUAUGCUACCAAAAUGGGAAGAAGAGACUGGGAUUAUUUUCUGCCCAGAGAUCACAGUCCUUUCCACGUCCCUGGCUAUUAAUACUGUGUGCAUGCAGUCAGUGAUUCCUCCAUCCAUCAUAGCCAGAAAUUUAAGUAGAUGUAGUAGAAGAGCUGUUGAAAACAAGAAAGAGAAAAACUUAGUUGUUUGUCUGAAUAAUAAUUAAUAAUAACAUCAGGUUCUUGUACUUGGAAACUAAUACCAGUUCUCAUCACUUCUUUUUUAUGAAUGCUGGAGGUUUGGUAAUCCAAGACAAAGAGUUUGUAAUGUAUAUAUUUUAUAUCUGUACUGUUAAUAAGAUUUCUGGUUUGUAUAAAUGGUCAUCAAAUGCUGCAUUCUUUUGAGUAAAUGAAAGCAUUUUUAAGUUA